UUUAUAAAAAGUGCCGCCCGCGCACUUUCGCUUUUGCAGCCACUUGCAGUGAAGUUUGUAGCCAGAAUGUCCGGCCGCGGCAAGCAGGGCGGCAAGGCGCGCGCCAAGGCCAAGACGCGGUCCUCGCGGGCCGGGCUGCAGUUCCCCGUGGGCCGCGUGCACCGGCUGCUCCGCAAGGGCAACUACGCCGAGCGGGUGGGAGCCGGCGCGCCCGUGUACCUGGCGGCGGUGCUGGAGUACCUGGCGGCCGAGAUCCUGGAGCUGGCGGGCAACGCGGCGCGCGACAACAAGAAGACGCGCAUCAUCCCGCGCCACCUGCAGUUGGCCAUCCGCAACGACGAGGAGCUCAACAAGCUGCUGGGCAAGGUGACCAUCGCGCAGGGCGGCGUGCUGCCCAACAUCCAGGCCGUGCUGCUGCCCAAGAAGACCGAGAGCCACCACAAGGCCAAAUAAAAAUCACGUUUGAAAACAAGUGAACAAAGGGUCUUUUCAGAGCCCCUCUAGUCACUGGAAGGGCAGCACGACUUAGUUGCAUUUCCAAUCACUUUCACCUCUUACCCAUUCAGUGUAAUUUGUUACCCAACACAAGGUGCCGUCCUUGCCUCAGCCUGGCCACAUUUCAGAAUUGGCUCUCGGAAGCUUUUGCAACCCAGACAAGUUGACUUAGUUGUGUUCUUGACGGGCUAGAAUUUCAAUGCCAUGCUGACUAUCAUCCCAAGAUGUUCACCCAGGUUCAUACUGGAAAUUAGCUUAAGUGACAGGUGUCAGCAAAUCCGAGCAUCUCUUGAGGGGACAUUAAUAGGGGUGGUUUCCAUAGACACCCAUUGUGUGUCAGCCGGAAGGUGGCAAAUCUGGAACCUUUAAUAAGUAAUUGUCUUGAAUUUGUAAAAGCACCUCACUAAUUUAUAAGACUACUUGGCAGUAUAAUACCACAGGCAUGCUAGAUGUGCACAUAUCAGUGCUAGGGGGCAGAAAUACAAUGUUGGGGACCAGCUAUAAUUGUAAGAAAUAUUAACCCUGCUCUGUUAACCGUGAUUGUUUUGUUCUGAUUAAAGGCACAGUCUAUCCUGGCUGGGGGUUGCACGUGGAACCUGGGAGCUCGCCUGUCCUCCCCAUCAGGGAGCUGCCUAUUCUUAUGGAAAGAUUAACAACCUUGUUGCAGACACCAGAACUGCCAGCCCUUUGAAGACCCCCAGCCUUUUUAUACUUGCAGGCCUUUGCAAAUCUCCAGCCUGCAUUACCUGUACACUGCCCAUUUGCCAUACCCUUUUGUUUACUUCCCAUGUAA